UCCACAUUGGCUUCUCAAAUGCGACUCUUUUACAGCGUAUUGUUUUACUGUUUGUUCAACCGAUAUUCUAAUCUUUUUACUUAAUUUUCUUUUUUAGAAUAAAAUCCGGGCGUGGCUGUUCGACUUGAUUCAGCAAAAGAAGUUUGAAGUGUUUAUCAUGUCGGUUAUUAUGAUAAACAUGAUUACGAUGAUGAUGGAACACAACAAUCAGUCAGAGAGCUUUACAACAGCGCUCAAUAUCCUUUCGUUAAGUAAAUAGUUAUCAAGGAUAUGGUCCUAGGAACCAUUCGGCCUUGUGUAGAGAAAUGUGGGGAGGGGUCUAAGCACGAUUGUUACUUAACUAAUCAGUACUCUGACAUUCUUCAAAACCGUUUUACACUUAAUGAUAAACACUACUAAAUUAGGUACCGUAUUUACUCGAUUGGACGUCAUCCUUGAUUAAACGCCCCGGAUGGAAGCAAAACCACCAUUGAACACCGCCCUCGAAAAAAGUCGUACCCGAUCAAGAAGAAUGCGGCGUUUAUUCAAAGAUUAUAGGGAAAAGUAACAAGUAGGCAACUCCAUAGUCUAUCGCAAGCCAGACUAUUACGACUCUGUCUCAGCAAAAAAAGCGUGACAUUGGAACUUUAAACAUGUUUCUGUUUACAUAUUAUCGUUAGAAUCAGUGAUGAUUUGCCGUAACUGUUGUCAUUGAUUUUAGAGAUAUGAUUGAGAAAUAAACGCCGCCGAGGCGUUUGAUCAGCUGAAUACGGUAUCCCUUUUACUUUCAAAAAAAACUUAAAUUGAUUUGUGAAACAUAUGGAAAUUCCGAAAAUACUGGACAAUGUGAACGUACUACUGUUAAAGUACUCCAUUUUCAUUGGAAUUAUCACCAUCAGAUUUCGUUCAAAUGAUUCAAAAGUUAGAACCUGUUUAUACAAUGUAAUUAAUAGCACCUUUUAAAAGUACUGCAGUAGAGGUCGGAGUGCAGCAUAGAAUUUAUCCACAAGCUGAAAAAACCCUAAUCACCCGCACAUGUUUCCGUAGUCAAUUAAAGGAGUGAUGGUUUUAUAACUUAGUGUAAUUUUAGCCUGAGACUAGGCUCUUCAUUGGGGUAAAAAGACGAAAAAGAAUAAUCGGCGAGCGAAGCAAGCUUAGCGGGAGUCGGGAAAGGGUUUUGCUGUUUUACUCCGUUUUUAGCCUUUUCUUCCACUGCGGAGCCUGGUACUAGGCUAGUGUAAUUCAGUUGUAUAACGACUUAGAACUAUCUAAAAUGUGAUGUCAGAGACAUCAGAGACAGAGACUCUGAUUGAAAUCGUUUUCCUUAACGAGAGCUUGAUGAUCCGGGCCAAUACGAUACUUAAACUACAUCUUUACUGGAAUAUUUAUCGUUGAAGCCAUAAUUCGGCUGAUUGCCAUGCGUCUGGACUACUUUAAGCUUGGAUGGAAUGUGUUUGACUUCAUAAUAGUACUCUUCUCCAUUGCUGGUAGGGUACCCAUUGCAGCUUUUUAGUAGAUUAGGAGGCAGCCUGGCCGAGUGGUCAGCGCGUCGGACUCGCAAUCCGGCGGUCCCGGGUUCGAGUCCCGCCCUGGCCACUUGCUGGAUUUGUUCUCGGUCGUCCCGAGUUCGAAUCCGCGGCCACGCUUGUAAAUAGCCAACUGGUUGCCUCCUGCCCGUUAGAGUUUUAAUCCUGUUAUGUUGUGUUUGAAUUAUAUGUUUCUAAGUACUUGAGUGGAGUGCCUGUAAACUAGCUGGGUAAGCUAAGUGCACUUUCCACUAUAAACAAGCCUUUAAACUGUUUUUUUAGAGUUCCUUUAUUUCGCCACAUUAAGGGAAUCUAAACAGUCUUGGAAUCAGGAUUCCAAGCUGUGGAUUCCGGAUUUUAGGUACUGGAUUCCAGUCUUUGUCAGUGGAACUUGGAUAGGAUCCCCGAUUCCUUGAGCUGUAUUCGAGAUUCCAAAGCAUUGGAUUCUGGAUUCCAAAAGCAAAACCUUCCCGGCUUCCCUGCAGGGCAAUCUGUUCACCGGGAGCAACUUUGUCUCAUGUGUUACUUUUAACUUAAGGGAGGGGUAGGUGGGUCACUCGGCCUUUAUAAUUCUCAGAUCAGCUUAGAACGGACACAGCAUUCUGUCAGCUGGUUAGAGCAAAUGUUAUGACAGUUCGACAACUGUCUUCCCUUUCCCCCAACAACAUUGUUGUGAGAUGUUGUAAAGAGCUAAAUCUCGUUUAAGUUUUUAAUGUUUUUUUUUUCACAUUUCUGUUUUUUUAUUGUUAAAGCUAACCCGCCAUCACAACUUAAUUGUUGUACUCGCGUAGGCACAUUGUAACUAAUUGUGAUGAUAAACAAACUCAUUCUUGUUGAGGAAAACAUUGUGACUGGUUUCUCCAUCGUUCCCUACCCCCCACAGGUAUCAUUGUUGAGGACGUCCUGCAGCAAGACAUGAUACUCUCCCCAGGACUGCUCCGUGUAGUGAGAGUGUUCAGGAUCGGGAGACUCCUCCGCUUUUUCGAAGGCGCCAAAGGAGUUCGUCGACUGAUUUUUACGUUGGUUAAGUCACUACCAGGGCUAGUGAACAUCGCCAUGUUACUCUGUCUGAUUAUCUUCAUCUACGCCAUCAUCGGCAUGUCUUCGUUCGGUUACGUGAAAAAAUCCAACGGAAUUACAGACGUGGUAAAUUUUGAGACCUUUGGAAGCUCCGUGCUUCUGUUGUUUCGGGUGGCGACUGCCGCGGGUUGGAACACGAUUCUUGAUCCUCUGAUGGUCGCCUCGCCAGACUGUGACCCUAAUUUAAAGAAUAGUGGUAGUAACGGUAAUUGUGGCAACAAAUUUCUUGCUGUAUUCUUCUUCGUUAGUUAUAUCAUUAUUAUUUUCCUGAUUAUGAUAAACAUGUACAUAGCUGUUAUCUUAGAGAAUUUCAACGAAGCUCAGCAACAGGAGGAGAUUGGCGUGUCGGAUGACGACUUAGAAACAUAUAUUCAAGUCUGGCAAGAAUUUGAUCCCAAAGCUACGCACUUUAUUCCCCUUAGUAAACUCAGUGACUUUUUAGACGCCCUUGAGCCGCCGUUACAGAUUCCUAAGCCCAACAGACACCUGUUUGGGUCGCUGAAUGUGCCGAUCAAAUCGGGCUAUAAGAUCUAUUGCGUUGACCUUAUGCAAACUCUUGUCCGGCGAGCCAUGGGCGGUGUCGAGGGACACGAUGAGGAAGAAUUGGCAAUGUUAGCGGAGAAGUUAGAGGAAAAGUUCCAGAACGUGCGAAAGAAAGAAGAAACGAUUACGUCGCUUCCGGAGGAAUUUAAGCACGAGACCAGGGCGGCAUCUACGAUUCAAAAAGCGAUAAGGAUUUUCUUGCUGAAGAAGCGAUUACGAGAUUGCGUUCGAGGAAAGUUGCACACUUAUCAGCCAUUGAAUUUGGGCGAGAAAACAAAAGGUCAUGGCUGGAUCGAAAAGCAGGUUGAAGAUAACACGCAUGCGCACCAGGGUCUAGAGUCCGUGGUAGCCAUGUUGUGGUACCAGCAAACAAAACGGUACGAAGAUCAACGAGCGGAAGCGACUUUGCACGAAGGAGAAGACAACGGGGAUGGUGAAGGCACGGAGAAUGACGAAAGUAACCUGGAGAAAACCAGUAGCGACAGGCGCGCGACAUUGACUCUCACUGACCCUGAUCAACCCAAAACCUCACCUAACACUCUUAGCGUGGACUGUUAGCUGGAAAGAGAGUUUGUAGGAUGAAAUGAUGAUUCAACACAAACUGUCGCCGAUGUUUCAAUCUAUCACACUGAAGUACCACUAUGAACAGUGACGUCUUUUGCGAGAAGGGCGAAGCGCCAAAAAGAGAGAGUGAUCAAAUUAUUGUGAAUCAAGUCAAGUCGUUUAAGUUAUUCGAGUAUUUGGUGCGCAAAGCUUAGAGCAAGUUCAUUCAGCACAGUUGGAUGACGCAUAUUUGCUGUUGUAUUAAAUGUCAAGUAAUUCUGCUGACCCAGUCUCAUCAAAGCAUUAAAAAACGAGCCACGGAAACCUCAAUAGCUUCCGUCAUUGGAAGAGACAUUGAUGAUAUGAGGCCCCCUAAAGAGAUUCGCCAAUCGGAACUUUCUAAAGAGUAAAUCCGCUGUGCGGCAAGAAGCUGCACUGCGGCUGCAUGUCGUCUAUUUUCUACAUUCAAAAUGAUAGAAGGCUAAUGCCUGUUUGUAAGAAUUACUUAGAAAUAUUUUUGUUAUUAUUUAUCAGUGCUGGGUGAAUUCAGAAGGUUAGUAAUGGUUCAGUGCGUUGUCACGAAGUCGGUAACCUGACUUUAACGUCAAGUUCCUUAAAUCCUAAGCAUCUUAAAAAUAGUUAAUUUCGCUAACUCAGCUGACUUUAAAUUAUCUACAAAUUUUGACUUUUUGUCACUGCACUGACACCGCCUAGCGUGGAGUAGGCGACAAAAUUCCCAAGUAACUAUAGAGUGUUUUCACUCACGUGACCAUCAUCUAUGCAAAUUUAUUGGAACAAAAGAAAGCGUUUGCAUAAGAAAAGAGUUCAACUCCCACAGGACUGGUUUGGGACACCAACAUGGCCGCCGUUUCAUUGUUUUGGGACACCAAUAUGGCCGCCGUGACGUCAUGUGAAAACACUCUAUAAGGGCAGUUAAUCAUUAUAGUUGGAAUUUUAAACACAUUUGUAAAAGUAGUUAAUAAACAACGCUUUGUGUUCUCGAGGACGAGAAUUUUCGCGCGAAUUGAUGAAUUACCCUCCGACCAAGAGGAACAGAUUUUUAGUGGUACAAGUAAUUAUUUAUCGGCUUUACAGCUUAAAACUUUUAAAAUUAAUUCUCUUUGUUAAGAGAAACAAUGUACCAGGUACUAGCCGAGAUCCACGGACUUCUUUUUGGAGUACAUAGAAAGUCAUCGAGAAAGACAUUACGUAUGGACUUGAAGAUUGCCACGAAUAAAUUAAAACAAUGCCAGUGAUUAUUUUACUUCGGUAAUGUGGUCAAAAUAGUCUUAAUAUUAACCAAAUUAACAGAUGCGCGUGCACGCAUCUAUAGACUGAAGCGUCAGAUCUUAAUGUUCUUUGUGCAUGAUAAACGUAACCCUCCAAUUCCAGAGUGAAUGCGCGAUUGAGUGUUGCAUGGUGCCUCUAGCUUUCGAGUCUGUGGACGAAAUCCUUUGGUGUGACCAUUCAAAUGAAACCUCUCUCGCGGUACUUUCACAUGGUGCUGUUUGCGUUUCAGCCUUUUACAAAAUCAAAUUUUGAUUUUUUGUCCAAUUUUGACUUUGCAACCUCAGGAAUUGAGCUGGUUAGUAGAGCGUUCUUCGUACCAAAUAUAAAUUUUAAUAAUGUGAGGCAAGUGAAUACAGAAAACAUGGCCUUAAUCAGGUUGUUCACCUUCCUCGCGUUUGUCAUCGAGAAAAAAUAGUGCAGGUUUUGGCAAUUUUUCUCUUCAAUACCAUUUUGGCUGACCCUGACGACAGCAAGCCCCAUUACAACAGCUACAAUUAGAAAAGGGCGCUAAAACAAACUUUGGUUUUGUUUUUUUUUUCCGUC